AUGAUGGUCAAAUCUACCUCGGCCUUGUUGGCCACCACUCUCAUGGCCUCCUCCGCCAUGGCCUCUACUGAUGCUCCUUGGCUCGACUGGACUUCUUCCACCACUACCACCACCACCACUACCAAGAAGGUCGAUCCUGCCACCAGCACCACCUACGACCCAUGGCUGGACUGGACCUCGUCCACCACCACCACCACCAAGAAGGUUGUUGCCAGCACCUCCUCCACCUACGACCCAUGGCUGGACUGGACUUCCUCAACCACCACCACCAAGAAGGUUGACCCUGCCACCAGCACCAGCUAUGUUUGGGGCGACUGGACCAGCACAUCCACUAAGCCAGUUGCUGUUGUGACCACCACAACCACUAAGCCAGUGUCUCCUGCUACCACCAGCAGCGCCGUCUGGGGAGAUUGGGAUGAGGUUGACCCCGCUGCUGCUACCUGCAAAGCAGUCACUGUCACCUACACUGGAGUUGGUUUCUGGGUUCCAGAUCCCGCUGGCGCAUGGGCCGACUGGACUUCCUCAACCACCAAGCCAGUUGCCCCUGCUACAACCACCAGCACCUGGGUUGACCCUACAUGGAGCGACUGGGUUGCUUCAACCACUACCACCACCAAGAAGGUUUCCGUUAGCACCACCACCACCACUGCUUGGGUUGAUCCUACGUGGAGUGACUGGGUCUCUUCCAGCACCACCCUUGUGACCACCACCAAGGGAAGCUGGGGAUCUAGCUCCACCGGUGCUGCCACUACCAAGGCUUCCACCACUACUGCUGCCCCCAAGCCUGCUGCCACCUGCCCAUCUGACAACGGAAAGAAGGUCCUCGCUGGUGGAUCUUGCGGCUGUGAGUACACCGUCAACUGCGGCGUCAAGGCUUCCCCAGAUGCCAAGUCCGUCUUCUGGGAGAAGGUUUCUGGCGGUAUCGUGCCCACUCUCGGUGAAUGCUUGGCUCUUUGCGACGCCAACGACAAGUGCGAGGCUACUCUCUGGGUUGAUGAUGCAUCCAACGGUGAUUACCAUCACUGCUGGCAAAUCAGCGGACUCGGCGCCCCUACAGGAACCGGUGUUGCUCAAAUCUCAUACAAGGGUACUUGCUCCGGCAAGUGCUCUGAGUCUUACAGCAAGGCAUAA